GAGCACCCGGAGAGAGAGAUUUAUCUCCGAUGCCAUUCCCUGCAAAAUAUUUAGCGGGAAGCGGAAGAGUCGUGUCUGGUUGUUCAAAAGGUCUUUAGAUUAGACCGCAGUUUAGGGUUUUCCACUGCUCUUGAUCUUACUAACUGAUCUAUUUUCCGCUCUUGAUUGGAGUUUGGGGUUAGGAAAUUGAGAGCAGAACGUUUGCUUCUACUGUUGUGCUUGGAGUUAGAUUAUGAUGGGCAGAAAGCAUAAAGUGGAUAGUCAUUCUGGUUCAGAGAGUCCUUUUGCUUCUUCAAUAAGCUGGAGUUGUGUAUCCACUCCUGAUGGUACUCAGGAACUGAAUGAGACUACUCUUGACCAUGAGAACACCAGUGCUGUUGUUACUGGCUCAUUGAAAAAAGGUGUAUCAAGAAUUGUUGCUGGGGCUCUUGGGCUGCGUGAAAUCAGUUCUAUAGUUUGUAAGAAGUUGGAGAGUAAGGGAAGCACCACAUAUGCUGAGAUUGCUAAUGAAAUUGCUGCAGAGGUAUCUGAAAGGCACAACAAUGCAGGAGCUUCAUCGGAUAAGUUCCAUGAAAAUGUUCGGAGACGGGUCUAUGAUGCAUUAAAUGUUCUUGAGGCAUCAGAUAUAAUUACAAAAGAGGAGAAAGCAUAUCAGUGGAAGGGACUUCCCUCUAGGUGUUCAAUGGACUUAGGAAUGAUAAAGGCACAGCAUGUUAAUCUAACAACGAGGGUUCAAAGGAAAGCAGACCACUUGAAAGAGUUAGAAGAACAGAUAGCAGGUCUUGAACAUAUACUGUCAAGGAAUCAGAAGUUGUUCGAGAACCAUAAUGCACCUAGGGAAGGAUUUACCUUGCCAUUUAUGCUGGUUCAAACAAAACCACAUGCUACAGUUGAGAUUGAGAUCUCUGAGGACACAAAGUUAGUGCAUUUCGACUUUAACAGUACACCAUUCUCCUUGCACGACGAUGCUUUUGUUCUGAAGUUAAUCCGGGAACACCAAGAGGCAGGCGGCCAAAAUAUCCCUCGGAGUUCCAUUCAUUCAGGUUCAAGCUCUUGCAUCAAAUCAGUAGGCUUCAAACUGUGAAAUGGACAUAUGUUAACCAUAGGAAAUACAUGUAAAAUCAACACACAGCCGAGUAGCCAUAGGAAACAAAGAGGCAUAUAAUUCUAUGGUUAGUGUACACAACAGUGGAUUAUGAGAUUUUUCAAGGUUACUUUUGGAAUAGCAUCUUGUUCCUUCACAAUUUUUAUCUCAGAACUAGAAGGCCCGGCCCAAGAAUUGUUCCGGUAAGUGUAUCUGCGCGUCUCAAGGGACGCUGCGAUCGUGGAUUGCUGUACACCAUGGAAUCGGCACAGCCACAUCCAAGAAACGACUUUUUCUUUUUCAUGUAAAUUGCUUCCUAUCAUGUUCGUCUUUUUUUCCAUUAAAAAAAAAAAAAUCAU